AUGGAGGGCACGGCGGUCGUUGAGAUGGCCGAGAUCGCUGGCACGUUCGAGGGAAACCUCACGGCCACCAAGGCGCUAAAGCACAUUGGAGGUGGCACCAGCAUUGCUUCUUGCUCUCUCACGGUGUCAGCGCCUGCUGUCCAGCUGCCCCGUGUCGCGCUUGUUCAUCCCUCCCUACCUCCCGCCCCGGAGACGUAG